UAAAACCCUUCUUCUCCAAAAUUUAAACCACACUGCAAACCCUAACAAACCAGAAACCAGUACAACACCACUCACUCAGUCACUACUCAUUUCCCAACAAUGGAAGAACCAAACGACAAAACCGACAUGAUCAAACCCCAAACCACCACUCCGCCAAUGGACACCUCAAACUGGCCGAUCCUCCUAAAAAACUACGACCGGCUCAACGUCCGAACCGGUCACUACACGCCGCUCCCGUCCGGUUACUCACCGCUUAAGCGCCCACUCGCCGAGUACAUUCGUUACGGCGUGAUGAAUCUUGAUAAACCGUCGAACCCAUCUUCACACGAAGUUGUAGCGUGGAUUAAACGAAUUCUCAGAGUUGAAAAAACAGGGCACAGCGGCACUUUGGAUCCUAAAGUUACAGGUAAUUUAAUUGUUUGUAUUGAUAGAGCUACCCGUCUUGUCAAGUCUCAACAAGGUGCUGGUAAAGAAUAUGUUUGUGUUGCUAGAUUACAUGAUAAGGUUGCUGAUACAGCUAAAGUAGCUAGAGCUUUAGAGACGCUUACGGGUGCGGUUUUUCAGCGUCCGCCGUUGAUUGCGGCUGUUAAACGACAGCUUAGGAUUCGAACCAUUUACGAGAGUAAGCUGUUAGAGUAUGAUGCCGAUAGGAAUUUGGUUGUUUUUUGGAUUUCUUGUGAAGCGGGUACCUAUGUUAGGACAAUGUGUGUUCAUUUAGGUUUGAUUCUUGGUGUCGGUGGGCAUAUGCAAGAAUUGCGGAGGGUGCGGUCGGGUAUUUUGGGUGAGAAGGAUAAUAUGGUUACUAUGCAUGAUGUUAUGGAUGCUCAAUGGGUUUAUGAUAAUUACAGAGAUGAGAGUUAUUUGAGGAGAGUUGUUAUGCCGCUAGAAACUCUGUUGACAAGUUAUAAGAGGCUGGUUGUUAAGGAUUCUGCGGUGAAUGCGAUUUGUUAUGGUGCUAAGUUGAUGAUUCCUGGACUGUUGCGGUUUGAGAAUGAUAUUGAGUCGGGUGAGGAAGUUGUGCUGAUGACUACUAAGGGUGAGGCUAUUGCUUUGGGUAUUGCUGAAAUGACUACAGCAGUGAUGGCUACUUGUGAUCAUGGAGUUGUGGCGAAGAUUAAGAGGGUGGUCAUGGAUAGGGAUACUUACCCCAGGAAGUGGGGAUUGGGACCGAAGGCUUCGAUGAAGAAGAAGCUGGUUGCUGAAGGGAAAUUGGAUAAGCAUGGCAAGCCGAAUGAGAAAACUCCUUCAGAAUGGAUGCGGAAUUUGGUAGCCUUGCCCACAGGAGGUGAUUCCAUGGUUGCUAGCCUUGCUGCUGCGAACAUUGAUUCCGCAAAGGAGACUGUUGCAGUAGAGACAGAAGUAGCGGACGCAAAGGAGAAAAAGAAGAAGCGGAAGCAUAAAGAUGAUAGCCCUGCUUCUAACGUUGUUACUAAGAAAGCUAGAAUUGAAGAAAUUGCAGAGGAAGUAAAGGAAGUUGCAGUUGAGGAAAGUGAAGGAGAAAAGAAAGAGAAAAAGAAGAAAAAGAAGAAGGGUGAUGAAUCUUUAUCGGAAAAAGAGACCGAGAGUGUAAAGAAAAAGGAGCACAAAGAUAAAGGCGAAACUGGUUUAUCUGAUACAGAAUUGUCCGAGAAGAAAAAGAAGAAAAAGAAAGAUAAAGAGGCUGCAGCUGGUGAGACUAACGGCGAGGCAGAUAAAAGUGAGAAGAAGAAGAAGAAAAAGAAAGAUAAGGACGCCGAGGAGGCUCCAACUGUUGAGGAAGGGAAGACUAAUGGCGAGGCUGAUAAAAGUGAGAAGAAAAAGAAGAAGAAAAAGGACAAAGACGCAGCAGAAUAAGAGCAGACCACAAUUAUUCGGUAAUCUUUUAAUGCAGUUUCAGCAGACUCUUAAAACUUUAUUAUGUGUUUUUUGGUUGCAACAUUUUGUAGUAUGGUUUAUCUUAUGUUUUGUUUUUGAA